AGUAAGAUGGCGGAUGAUCGGCAGUGAGUGACGGUUCCCUUGUUCCGCCUGACGGAAGCGAGCGACGUAAACAAGGCAGCGAGACAGAGAGAGAGAGAGAGAGAGCCGCAGUCCUUCUGGAGCGUCCAUCAGGGAUGGGUGGUUAGUCAGCGGAUGCCCCCAACUCACUGCUGGGAUUUUUAAUUUGUGUGUAUGUUUCUUUAAAAAAAUAACCAAGUGCAGAAAACACCAAUCAUGAAAUUCGCCGAACAUCUAUCAGCCCACAUCACGCCGGAAUGGCGCAAACAGUACAUCCAGUAUGAGGCUUUCAAAGAGAUGCUGUAUGCAGCCCAAGACCAAGCACCAUCUUUAGAAGUCACUGAUGAAGAUACGGUUAAGCGUUACUUUGCCAAGUUUGAAGAGAAGUUCUUCCAGUGUUGUGAGAAGGAACUUGCCAAAAUCAACACAUUCUAUUCAGAAAAGCUUGCCGAAGCUCAGCGCAGGUUCGCUACACUUCAGAAUGAGCUGCAGUCAACACUUGAAGUGCAGAUGGACCGCAACGCAGUUUCCAACUUGCGCCAGCGAAGGACCGUGUUCCCCCUCUCCCAUAAAGAACGUGUACAACAUAGGAACAUUCGUGACCUGAAGUUAGCCUUCAGCGAGUUCUACCUCAGCCUGAUCUUACUCCAGAACUAUCAGAACCUGAAUUUCACCGGUUUUAGAAAGAUUCUGAAGAAGCAUGAUAAGAUGCUGGAGACAAGCCGUGGUGCUGACUGGAGAGUGGCACACGUAGAGGUGGCUCCGUUCUACACCUGCAAGAAAAUCACCCAGUUAAUCAGUGAAACAGAGGCUCUUGUUACCGCAGAAUUGGAAGGAGGUGACAGGCAGAAAGCCAUGAAGAGGUUGCGAGUACCACCUCUGGGAGCUGCUCAGCCAGCCCCUGCAUGGACCAUAUUCAGGGUGGGAAUGUACUUUGGAAUUUUUGUUGUACUGCUUGCUGCUCUGAUACUCAUAGCUAAAUCAAAAGAGGGGAACAUUUGGCCCUUGGUGCGUAUUUAUCGUGGUGGAUUUCUUCUGAUCGAGUUUCUCUUUCUGCUUGGCAUCAACACAUACGGUUGGCGGCAGGCUGGAGUGAACCACGUGCUAAUCUUUGAACUCAAUCCCAGAAGCAAUCUCUCUCAUCAGCAUCUUUUUGAGAUUGCUGGCUUCCUAGGUGUCCUAUGGGGCUUGAGUCUGUUCAUCAGUUUGUAUGGGUCAUACAAAUUAAUUCCAAUGCAGGUCAACCCCCUCAUUCUUUAUGGGUUCAUGUUCCUGUUUCUGAUCAAUCCCACAAAAACCUGCUACUACAAAUCUAGGUUCUGGCUGUUAAAGCUCCUGUUCAGAGUCUUCACAGCUCCAUUCCACAAGGUAGAGUUUGCAGAUUUUUGGCUGGCCGACCAGUUGAACAGCCUGGCUACGAUCCUGAUGGACUUGGAGUACAUGAUCUGUUUUUAUAGCUUUGAACUGAACUGGGGCUUGAGUGAGGGACUACUCAGUACUCCAGGUGAUCACGUGUGCCACAGCUACUCCUAUGGAGUAAGAGCCAUUAUCCAGUGUCUGCCCGCAUGGGUGCGCUUCACCCAGUGCCUGCGCCGCUACCGAGACACCAAGCGAGCAUUCCCUCAUCUGGUCAACGCUGGGAAGUAUUCCACCACCUUCUUUGUGGUGACCUUUGCUGCUCUUUACAGUACACACAAAGAACAGAAACAUGAAGACGCAGUGGUAUUUCUCUACCUGUGGAUCGCCUGCUUGUUGGUCAGCUCCUGUUAUACUCUCACCUGGGACCUGAAGAUGGACUGGGGCCUCUUUGACAAAAAUGCUGGAGAAAAUACCUUCCUGCGUGAGGAGAUUGUCUACCCUCAGAAAAGUUAUUACUACUGUGCCAUAGUAGAGGAUGUCAUCUUGCGAUUUGCUUGGACUGUGCAGAUUUCCAUCACCUCAAUGAGCACAUUUGCUUCAGCAGGAGACAUUAUUUCCACCGUACUGGCCCCGCUGGAGGUCUUCCGCCGGUUUGUGUGGAAUUUCUUCCGUUUGGAAAAUGAACACCUGAACAACUGUGGUGAAUUCCGUGCUGUACGUGAUAUCUCGGUGGCACCCCUCAAUGCCGAUGACCAGACUGUCCUGGAGCAGAUGAUGGACCUCGAGGAUGGGGUGCGGAACCGCCAAAAAAACAGAGUGUGGAAACGCACUUACAGCAUCUCUCUGCGUAAAACACUAGUGAGGCCCCGGGACGCAGCCGUGUUAAUCGAAGACACAGAUGAUGAAGCGUACACAUGAAAAUCAGCACCGAGCAAUCACUGUCCUUCACACGUUCCAGUUCUACCAGGCACUGAACACAAUCUGCCACCAUGUGUGGCAACAGACUCUAUUCCAUUUUUUCCCCUUUGUUUUAAUAUAUUAAUUUAAACCAAUUUAUAAAAAAAAGGGUUGUAAAGAACAAUUUUACAACCGACAACAAAACAUAUCCACAAGGAUCGAAUCAAACAGAACAAACUCUGUGCUGGAAGAUACCAGUUUUCUUUUUGUUUUGUCUUGUUUUUUUUUCUUCUCUCUCAGGCUCAGUAUAGCUAGGGCUGGUUUAAGCUGGUUUAAACUGGUUUCUUCAAGUCUUUCUGACCAGCUCAUGGCCCUGGUUGCACUUGCAGGGAAAGUGCACUUAAUUGUACUUCCUACGUGAAGUUAUGGUGUUUUAAAAAAAUCAUUUUGAUAUGCAUUUGUUCUGUUCCAAUCGUAAAUGUUCAUAUUAUUUAUGAAAGAAACUUGUGUCCUGUAUGUUGAUGCAGAUGUUAGUGUCAAUGUUUGUUGAACUUUAUUUUUUGUGUUUCGGUCUUGCAAGAAAGCAAAGAGUCUUUAUGAAGAGCACUUCAAAGCUUUCUAGGUGGAUGUUCCUGCAGAGCUGUCAAACACAGAAGUCCUGCAUCCAACACAGACCUACCAGGCUAUAUUCCACUGGCACAAGUUACAUAUGACAGGCUGGAUUAACAAAAAAAACUUUACAAGUGCCACAAAAUAUGUUUGUAUUCUUUAUAAAUCAUAUCUACAGCCUGUGGUAUCAAGGACUGUUACAAAGAAAUGACUUUUCAUUUCAAAUUCUUCUAUCAGUGAAACUUUACAAUUUACACAUCCCAGAAACUAUAUAGAAAUUUCAUAGGAAAUUCCAAAUGAAUAAUCUGUUAAUUUUUUUUGGCCAAAGUUUGAAUGUCAAAUAAUGGAUUCCCUCAGCACAUCAACUUAAUCCACCAUUUAAUCCGUUAAACUUGCCUUUCAUUUCCUUGUAUCACUCCUAGAUCCUGUUGCUGUCUUGCUACAUGCCCAGCCUGUCAUAGCGGGUAGAAUAUUGAUUGGUGAGGUAGAAAGUUUUCCGGCAACGGUGCGUUCAGGGAGCAAUCAGUGCCAUCGUUCCAAGAGCUGCCCUUCCUCCCCAUUCUCCGGAGGUAGUGCCACACUGAGUUUCUCCAGUAAUUUAGGCUCAUGGCAGUGUAAGUGACACUUAGACUCAUGGGCGGAUGUUUCAGUGGAGCCACCUUAAGAUCCAGUUCAUUCGGCCAACAACAAGAUCAGUGGAAGGAUUUUAAUGCAGUGGGUUGUUUCAAAGGGACAUUCAUGGUUGGCUGCACACUUCAGGAUUUAGAAUUCACUGUAAAUGUAUGUCACUGUGAAAGUUAGUAAUAGUGAAGUUGGGAAUUGCUCAUCAAUCGCUCUUGUCAUGUUCUGAAUUCAUUCCAUCUACCUGAUCUUAACAGGGAUUUUUGUUUUUUAAUGUAGUUGAUUUAGCUGGAUUGGGACAUUCAGAAAGUACCUUCUAAUAAUGACUGUCUUCUGACAUAGUCUUAAGAGGGCUCCAUUGUAACAAAGAACUCGUGAUUCUGGGCAUACAAAAAGGAGAUCAAGGUAAGUGCAGGCCUGGGCAAGGACAUUAAGUCUCACUCUGUGUUGGAGAACUUUAUGUCUCGUGGCUGAGCCUGGUUAAACAGUGGUUUACAAUUUCCUGCAGAUGUCAAAUGGAUGGGUGAAGACUUCAGUGUAAAGGAGCUCUGAGUUUGGCUCGCUUGGAUGCAGGACUACCUUCACAAUAGAGUAUAACUUAGCACUAUCACUUAGAACUGGAAGUUGAAGCAAAUGCGUGAGCAUUGGAUAUGAUCAAGUUUUUGGUGAAUGAAUCAUUCAUAGACAAGAUAAUGGCUUAAAAAAACACUUUACAAAUCUCUCUCACUGGCACAAAUUCACAAUAUUCACUCAUAUUUUGUUUUGCAGCAGUAGCUUGUUUUAUACAGAAUUUCACAUUCCUGUUGCUUUCUGUUAAUAAAAUGUACGGAAAAUGGAUGCGAUUCAGUCAUAUUGUAAUGCCUACAGAGGAAGAGGGAGAAAAGGGACACAAGGUAGCUAGGCCAAAUGUGAACUUCUCUGAGUGUGGUAGCUCAAGAAACCUGAUUCGGGCAGUUCCACAGUACAAGCAUUGGUAGCCUCCUUUUAUAUUAUGGGACCACUCCCAGUGAAUGCACUUCCAUAAUAGAAUGAGUUCCUGUUAUUGUUGAAUCUGACCUUUUUAUAUUGUGGGGCAGACUCAAUAACAAGGGGACAACUGCCCAAACAAAGCAGGUGGCCAGUCAUGUUGGUGAUUCUGGCUUCGCUUGAAUGUUGGACAAAGCUUCGUAUUGCCCAGCAACAGGGCAAGUGAGGGCUGAAAAGUUGUAGGCAGUGUAAGUUCCUGUAAGAGAUGAGAAGGGGCGGAGAUAGAAGGGAACCCAAGUUACUUUGAGAAAGCUAGCCAGGGAAAUAUGGAUGGGUGCUUGCAUUGUUUAUGAUACCUUGUUAGGCAAAUGCAGUAUGCAUUGUGACCAACAUCAGAGUUGAGGUUUGAUGAAGCAAUACAAGAGUUAAUUCAGAAUUAAUGCAGUGUGCACUAUUUGAUCUUGUAGUUUGGGCUCAAUCCAAUGUCAUAGCCUAAUUAUGAAUGAGACUCAACACAAACCUAAAUGUAAAAACAAAAAGUGAACAUCAAGUCCAGGUGGCCAAAUAUCUUUUGGGGAACCAUUUUAUAUUUUUUCUUUGAUAAUUUUAAUCCGGGGGUCAAUUUGCUAAAUUGAAAAGUGGCACAAAAUAAUUAGCUUUCAUUAAAAUUUCUGAACAUACAUUGUUUUAUUCUGUUCUGAAUUGGGGCUAGAGUUUGCUGAUUUUCUGACAGUUCAUUCUACAUGGUAUACCCUUCCCCUCUCCCUCUACUCCACAGGUACAAAUAAAAGCCAGUCCGCCUUUGCAGAGGCCAGCUGAAAAACCUAGCUCUGUGGGUAGCAUAACUGUAUUGGUGCAGGUAAUAAUGAAGAGCAUAGAAAUACUGUUGAUGUUUGAGCAGGUACUCAAACACUUGCCUCGUCCCUUUUCUUACUUGGUUAGCUCCUCACAGAGACAUAAUCCUGGAUUGAGGGACUUGGGGCACUCUACUGCCUGCUCUGCACAGCACCCAGAACCUAAACUCAUCUCUUUGCUUGUAGGAAGAUUUCAUUGUUGGAAGCUUUGAACAAGGAGACCAAGCGUAGGAUCAGUCCUUCUUUUGUUGUUAAUGUACGAAGGCAUGGAACUCUUCAGGGAUGGCAGUACUUAUAUUUUAUACAUUUGAAGUGGAUGAUGCCACAGUGUUGCUUGAAGUCACCAUGCUCAGUGUACUUAUUUUGUUGUGUAUAGAGAACUGGAGAACCCAAGAUGGUUCAUUAAACUUUAAUAAAGUGAGAAUCAAAUCCA